AUGAAGUACGAAAGAUUUCUUAAUUACUUCGUAAUUUUGACGCUUUUUUUGUGUUACGCGAAAUGCAACAAUACAGAUCUUGAGGACGUCGAUGAUUUCCAACAAACGUCGAUGAUGUUAGAAAAUGCGGAGAUGCGAAUCAAAACGGCUUUGAAGUCUGUCUUAAAGCGGAGUCUUCCUUAUCUGAUGAGAAUUUUCGAAGAAGUGAACGUAUCUUCACCUUGCACGAAGUCUUCCGUUCUCUUCCUGAAAGACUUGAUGAAACUAAAAGAGUGGCCACUUCGAAUGAUUGAUUCUUUUGGAAAAUUACCGGCAGGAAUGUUAGGAAUGACACAGUGGAUGUCAGGAGAUUAUGACCAGUGUUUGGACAUAGAAAUUCCUCAAGAUAAAAAACAGAUUACCGAUAAAGAAAAGGAACAGAUUCGAGGCAAAUACUGUGCCCUGACAAUUGGAAUGCAAGAAUCACUGAAACAUAUUGCAAAGUCGAUUCAUAAGUUGGAAAAUAAUUCAUUGAUUAAACUUGCAAAAGAGAUUAUUGUAAUGAUUGAUUCUUUUGGAAAAUUACCGGCAGGAAUGUUAGGAAUAACACUAUGGAUAUCGGGAGAUUAUGACCAGUGUUUGGACAUAAAAAUUCCUCAAAAUAAAAAAAAGAUUACCGAUAAAGCAAAGGAACAAGUUGGAGGCAAAUACUGUGCCCUGACAAUUGGAAUGCAAGAAUCACUGAAACCUGUUGCAAAGUCGUUUCAUAAGUUGGAAAAUAAUUCAUUGAUUAAACUAGUAAAAGAGAUUAUUAAACCAAUGAAGCUUGAAGACUUAUUUAAAAUAAACGUAGCCAAAAUGGUAAUGGGAAUACGUUUGGAUGUGUGCAUUCCGAGUACAUGUAGUAAUAAAGACUUAAAACACGUUGGGAAUUGGAUAUUCGGGACUGCUGUAGACUUUAAUGUCGGAUAUUGCAAAAUCAAAGAUGAACGCAUUGAAUAUAGUACCGGACAAUUGAUAUCGUUAAUUGUUCUCGGCAUAUUUAUCGCAUGGGUAGGAUUGGCAACGUUAACAGAAAUAUUAAUGAGACUUCAUAUUAUUCCUUUGAAGGCGAGUAAAGGUAAAUGUUUUGAGUAUGUUCUUGGAGCUUCACCUUAUAAAUCGCUACAUAAAUUAUAUUACACGAAUCUUGACGAAAGUACAAAUUCGAUGUGCGGUGUAAAAUUCCUUCUUGUAAAUAUUGUGGUGUUGGGACAUGUAUGCGUUGCAGGAUCAUUUUACCCCACAGUAGGAGGUAUUGUUAUGUUUUUAAUAUGA